AUGGACGACGUCAAAAAAGCAGUCAACGUCGAUCAAGAUCGUGAGAAGUUUAUGGCGUUUGGAGACAAACCCGCUAUCCUCGCCAGUAAAGGCUUCGCGGAAUGUAUCGGGGCUGUCAUCGCAAAGGGGAAUUCAGCCAUUGUUGCCCACUACACCGACUCGGAUACAGGAUUGAGCCAGGCUGAGGACAAGCUGGCCAGUUUGAUCAACGAACACAAGCAGAGCCUGGAGGGGGGCCAGGCGUGGCUCUACGCUCAUGUCAGGCCGUAUAAGCCCGACGUGUACAUCUCCGAGGACAACAAUAAAAGGUUGGAAAAGGUUAUCAAGGAUAACACUGGAAUCACUCCGGUCCGGGUCAAGUACAUUGAGCCCGAGGAUUUGAUGGCGGAUGAGCAAGGAGAGUUCAAAAAAGACGAGGAUAUGCCGAAGGAGCUGCUCCAUGGUGCCAUGAUGGUGAAGCAUUCAGGUCAGCCGAAUGAGACGCCCAGAGUCAUCUUUGUCAACCUCGAUUGGCAGAGAGCGGCUAGUGAGGGGCGCUCCUAG